GAGACACAAUUUGCGGUCACGCUCUUGCAAAAAGUCGAGUUGGCAUUUAUUUUGCACUCGAAAAAUUCCAUUUAAUUAAAGUAAUAAAUCCCAAUUGUAUUCAAAUUAUUGAACAAGUAAAUGGUUUACGAACGUCUUUGCAAGUACGCGUAAUUGAACAACAGUUUGUGUUUUGCCCACUGUGACAACAUGUUGCACAAUAAUGCCAACUGGCUGCCACCGCAGCAGCAACAGCCGCAGCAGCAGCCAACACCGCAGCAACUACAACAACAACAAUUACAGCAGCAACAGCAGCAGGCAACUUUACAUCACUCUUUACCCGCUAAUCAACAGCAAUUACCGCCGCCGCCGUUGCAACAACAACAACAACAGCAGCAGCAGCCACCACAGCAGCAGCAACUUUAUGCGAGUCAAAUGUUUCAGCAACCUCAGCAGCCACCGCCACAGACAACGCAGCGAUAUUGGCCGCCAGAGGAUUAUCAGCAGGUCGACUACAAUGACUAUUACAUACAGCAGCAACAGCAGCAACUACAGCAGCAGCAGCAACCACAACAACCUUUGCUGUAUGCAUCGCCUGAGCAGCAAUAUUAUCAACCUGUGCAGCAAGUGGAGCAGCAGCCACCGCCACAGCAAUUGCCGCCGGAUGUGUUUGAUAACAACAACAGCAGCAACGUGAAGAACGAUGGCUGGGAUGAUUGGGGCGAUUGGAAUGACAACGCCAACAACAACAACAGCAGCAACAUUAGCAACAAUAUUAGCAGCAGCAACAUUAACUCUACUACCAACAACAACAACAAUAACGCUGUGGAGGAUGCAUUUAGUGUGCAGGCUGCACCAAGCAGUUGGCAUGCUUUUGGCCAAAACCAGCAAACGACCAACACCAACAACAACAGUGGCAACACUGAAGCGCUAGAGUUGCCGCCGUUGCUGUCGCCAGCCACAGAAGCUGAGCCGGAGCUGUUAAAUGCCAUUGUGCCGCCGCGCGCCUUUCAAAAUCAACCGCCAGCAGCGGCAACUGUGACGCCACCAACAGUGCCAAUUGCUGCAGCAACACCUGCUCCAUAUGCUGCACCGCCAGCUGCAGCGACUGCUUUACCUCCAGCUGCAUUGGACAACUCGGCAGCUGGCAAUCCCUUCAAGCGUGCCGGCGGAUUAAGCAAACGUGUAAACAUACUCGAAGCCGCACCACCAGCAACAGUUGCAGCUGUUCCUCCACUGCCAACUCCAGCAGCAACACCAAUGGCAGCGCCUGCUCCAAUCGCAGCAUCAGCUGCAAUUCUGGCACCAGCUUCAGUUGCAGCUCCGGCUUCAAUUCUAGCGCCAGCUCCCAUCGCAGUUGCAGCUCCAGCUCCAGCUUCAGCUCCAUUUGCAGCUCCAGCUCCAAUUGCAGCUCCAACGCCACUUGCAGCUCCGGUUCCAGCUCCAAUCGCAGCUCCAGUCUCAGCUGCUCCACUUGCAACUCCUGCUGCAUUUGCUGCACCACUUGCAGCCACAAGUCUAGCUGCUCCACUUUCAGCAGCUGCUGCCUUUGCAGCCCCACUUCAAGCACCAAUUCCUGUUCCAAUUGCAGCUGCAAUUCCUGCUCCAACUCUGCUGCCGGAUCACAAUCAGGAGCUGCCGCCGUAUGAGAACCAGGAAGUGCUUUUGUCGGCACCCAACGAUGAGCGUGCUCAGUACUUGCAAACAAGUCAUUUGUCCGAGCAGCCCGAGGAUCUCAACGAGGCCAACUGGGAGGCAGAUGGUUUGUUGCCACCGCCAGGACUUUCGCGUUUGGUGCUCGGCCAGCCGGAGCUGGUGGAGCGACAACGUUUGGUCACUGGCACCGAGCAGCCAAAUGCAUUGCAACUGAUGCGUCAAGCGGAUGGCGAAGACACCUCCGAGGGCGAGCAGCAGCCAACGACACAGCAACAGUUGCAUCAGCAUCAACAGCAGCAGCAGCAACAGUUGCCGCCAGCUCGACGUGUUGUCACUGGCGUGGAGACAACACUAAACAGCAGCAGCAGCAACAGCAACAACAACAAUGUUGUUCCAGAACAACGUGAAGUGGUGCUCGAUGGCGAGAAUCUGGAGGAUCAGCCAGUGUUGCUGCCAGUUGCAGUGCAGCCAACAGCAGCCGAUGCUGUCGUGGAACAGCAAACGGAGCUGCAACACGAGCAGCCAGAGAUAACGGGGCAGCAACAACAUGAACAACAUAUGCAGCAGCAUCAGCAACAGUUGUCCACGUCGAUGACGCAACAAUUGGGGCGUGGCAAACCACGUCCAGGCGCCUCGCUUGAUCUGGAGUCGGAGGAUGAGUCCGAUGAUUGGAUGUUCAACGAUCGCAUUGAGCAAUCGCUGCCGUCGCGUCGUCAACCAGAUGAACGCAGCUUGCGCAACAUGCGCAGCGGACGACGUCACAACAACCACAACAGCAACAGCAACAAUGGAGGUGGCAACAACUAUGAGGGGGAAACGGAGGAUUCGGUGCGUGCGGCCAAUGCAAAUGUGCACAACGAUGGCGGCAAUAAAUCGCUGCGUGAUUCAAAGCGUCGCAGUCGCGAUGCUGAGCAACAACAACGUCAGCAGCAACGUCACGAGCACAGCGCACGCAGCGAGUGGGAAAGGGAGCGUGAAAGAGAGCGUGAAAGGGAGCGUGAAAGGGAGAGGGAGAGGGAAAGGGAACGCAAUCUGUGGCGUCGCGAGGAGAAACACGAGCGACGUCCUCGCUACAGCAACAACAGCAACAGCAACUAUGACGGCGACUCGGAUGCAGCCGAUGUUCAAGUUCAGUCAGCAGCAGCUGCGGCCAGCGAUGGAGGAGGCGGCGGAGGCGGUGGCGGUGGCGGUGAUCGUGGCGGACGCAACAGCAAAGCGAGCCGGCCCAGACGCAGUGCAGCACCCGAUGAUGACUACGAUGCUUAUGCAGAGCAACAACCACGAGGUGGAAGCAGCCAUUAUCAAUCAUCGUCGUCGCGUCGCGAAAAGUCGUCGCAGCAUGAAAAGCUGCGCAGUCGACGCAGCCAUGAAGGCGGCAGCGAUGCGGGGCGUGGUCGCGAAGGCGGACGACGUCAUCAUCACGGACACGGAGCGUGGGAUGCUCGAGAUUACGAAGAGUAUCGUGGCAAGAGUUCACGCAACAGCGAUUUGGAGAAAGAGCGCAUCAACGGUGGAGGAGGAGGAGGAGGAAGCAGCAGUGGAAAGCGGGGGCAGCGGGGCAACUACAACGAUCAGUAUGGAAAUGCGGCGUCUGCUUAUGAUCCCUACAUGAUGUACGAUCAACUGUCACGCAAUCCUCAAGCCUAUGUCGAUAUGUAUGCCAAGAUCUAUGGUCAGAUGAUCAACUCCAUGGCAGCUCUCUCGAAUGCAGCUGUCACGAAAACCUCGCCACAUCAGUUGGUCGCAGCUCCAGGCGCAGCUCCUGCCUCCUCGCUGCCUCUUGGCGUCGAUGCUGUGCUGGCUCAAGGCAACGCUGGCAAUGAGGCCGCCUUGCUCAGGGAGCGUGAACGGUACACACACGCAUACAUAACACAAGCCAAUGAGUUCCAUCGUCGUCGCCAAGAGCAGCUCAAGCUCUAUCAACAGCAACAGCAACAGCAAGGGAACAAUAACUACACGGAUCUCUUGAACGCAACUUUGGGCGAGGACUCGGCCAGUCUUUAUGAUGGCAGCGAUACGCACAGCAAUCGCCGCUUGUUGUUGGGCAUCGCGAGUGCUCGCUCCCUCAGCAAUUUGAACAGCGAGCCAGAUGCUGCUGGAGGUUCAGGAGCUCCUGCUGGAUACACACGAUACUUUGCUGGCUCGGAAUGCGGCGUUGAUAUCAGAGCUGCUGUUGGCGCCACCGGCGGAGAGGCGGCAACGACAACAACAACGAUACAAACGACGGCUGUGGCACGUCCGCCACGACGACGCACGCCUUUGCUGUACAAUCGACCGCAUCUGGUGGCCUCCUAUUCGAUGAGUCUGCUGCUCCGAGUGCGUCCCAAGUACGCGGGACGCGGACGCUUGCGGAACGAUGUCGAGGUGUCGGCGCCGAGGAUUAAGGAUGCCACCAGCAGUUUGUUGCGUGCUUAUCCGGGUCCGUUGCAGGGUCGCAAGCUGCACAAGGACAAGAUCAUUAGCUUCUGCAAGGAGCAGAUACGUUUGGGACCGGCGCGUGCUUGCACCGUGUUGUAUGCCACACAGAAGAAGCCGCUCGGCAGCGUGGAAAAGUAUCGUGCCUCGCAUGCGCUCAUGUGGCAUUUGCUUAUACUUUUGCUGCGACAGAAUGGCGUAAUUGCGGACACCGAUGUGGGUGACUUGUUGUUGGAGAAUCAACGGGAAUAUCCUUAUGCUCCCGACACGGAAACCGAAACGGAUUCAAACGAAACGCGAGCCGAUGCCAACGAGCUGCUCAACGAUUCCGAUGGCGAGCCAACGGCUGCGAAUUUACCCGCAGCAACUCCGGCUGCUGUUGAUGCCGAACCGGAUGCCGAAGAUGCUGCUGGGAAUGCGAUCUCAGAGCAGGCGGCAACGGAACAAUUUCGCAGCUAUGUUCUCCGCGGCAAUGUGGAGGAAGCAUUGCAGUGGGCCACCGAUCACAAUCUGUGGACGCAUGCCUUCUUCUUGGCAUUGUACGAGGAUCGCUAUGCGUUGACCGAUGUGGCGCAAAAGUUCCUCAAUCGCGCCAUCAAGGCAAAUGAUCCACUGCAAACGCUUUAUCAAAUGAAGAGCUGUCACACUCCUGCCUGUGUCACUCAGCUGCGUGACGAGCAUUGGGGCGAUUGGCGUUCGCAUCUCUCCAUCUUGGUGACGAACAAGUCGCGACAGCCGGAAUACGAUCGCAGUUCGGUGAUCGCCCUCGGUGAUACGCUCUUCCAGCGUGGCGACAUCUAUGCCGCACACUUUUGCUAUCUCGUCGCCCAGGAGGAGUUCGGACGCUACGACAGCGCUGCCACCGAGCUGACCACGCUCACCGGCAAUGUGCCAAGGCUCAUUUUACUUGGCGCCUCGCACUACAAGCCCUUCAAUGAGUUUGCCAGCAACGAGGCGAUCAUCAUGACGGAGAUCUACGAGUAUGCGCGAUCGCUGUACGAUCAGAAGUUCAGCAUUGCCAACUUCCAGCACUACAAGUUCCUGCUGGCCACACGCAUUCUCGAUUAUGGUCAGCACUUCCGAUGCACCAACUACUUGGAGCAGAUAGCCAAGCAUAUUGAGCUGAAGCCGGAGAGUUACGACAGCGAUUUCAUACAGAGAGUUUGCAGCUUGGCGGAACGUUUGCGUUAUCAUGAUCCGAUAUUGAUCAAUCGCGUUUCUUUUGCCAGUCCCCCAAAUGCAACAGGACAAGCGACGCCGCAAACAACGGCGCCUGAGGAGAAGGAAUGGCUGCGUCAACUGCGCUCGUUGGCCGAUCAGCAGCAGCCACAGCAAGUGCAACAUCACGAGACGCUGCAUGAGCAGCAGCAACAGCAGCAAAACGAUAUUGAUCAGCAGUUUGUGGAUUUGAAUAAGCAAAUGCAUGAGCUGAACAUGCAAUACGAGGAGCAACAGCAACAGUUGCAGCCGUCGUAUGAGCAGCAGCAGCAGCAACCACCACAACAGCAACAACAAUUGCCGCCGCAACCAGAUUAUUAUGAGACGCAAAAUCAAGAGCCAACAGCGCUGCACAACGAUGCUUAUGCGCCGCCACCAACCAUGUACUACAAUGCCGAUGCAGCAGCAGCAGCACCCCAACCAAUACAACCAGCAACACAACCACAGCAACAGCAACCACUGUACGAUCCCACACAGCAACCAGCGGCUGUUUAUGGCCACGUUGAGCCAGCGAGUGAAGCUUAUGGCGAGCAGCAAUCAAACUCAGCUUAUGGCGGAGCUGGCUACGAUUAUUGGCCCAGCAAUGUGCAGCAGCAGCAACAGCAGCCAUAUGGCGGCGACGAGCAGCUGGCGGAGAGCAAUGAGCUGAUUGGCGACAACAUCAACAACAGCAGCAACAAUCAUGAUAGCAACGAUGCUGAGAACAAUGCUGAAAUUGAACAGCAGCAGCAGCAACACACGAGCUUGAGCAACCACAACAGCAACCACAACAACAACAGCAACAACAUUGACAACAAUCGCUUUAAACACAAUGCGUUGACGCUGCCCGCUGCUGGCAACAAGGAGAAAAGCAAAUUAGUGGCACGUAAAUUGCAAUUUGCGGCAACAAACGAAAGCACAACAACAACAACAGCAGCAGCAAGCACAGCAGUAGCAGCAGCAGCAGUAGCAGCAGCAACACCGCCGACAACAACAACAACAACAACAACAACUACACAAAAGGCAUUCAAUUUGAAUGAUCAGCAACAAAUGCGACCCACAAUUUCGAUGCCAAAAUCAAAGAGUUACGAUGACGACGACGGUGCUGGUGCAUCGAACCAAGGUGCAACUGGCCCUGGUGGCGCCACCAAAGGUGCCUCAGCUGCUGGCAAUGCAACCAACAAGCAGCAGCAACAACAAGAACAGUCCGGUGCCGCAGGUUUGCCUGGGGGUCAGGGCAAUCAGAAUGCCGGCUGGUUUGGUGGCUUGUGGAACAAGUUCUCGCUGAAGCCGAAGAACCAAAUGAUCUUGCCGGACGACAAGAACCCGACGAUUGUUUGGGACAAGGAGCGCAAGUGCUGGACGAACACUGCCGAGGGCAAUACCGAGGAGGCUGAAUCGUUUAAGCCGCCACCAAAGAUGAGCGACAUGGGCAUGGGAAUGGGAAUGGGAAUGCCGAAUACAUUGGGCACCAUCCCGACGCCAUUGGCGACGCCUCAACUGCUGCCACAGCAACCACAACCACAACAGCAGCAGCCACAAGAGUUGCCCAAUGCCAAUCUCUAUGACAACAACAGCCAGGUCGACUACGAUUACAACAACUAUACGGAGCAAGUGUAUGCCACAUCAACGCCAGCACCAACUUCAGCUCCAGCUCCAGCUCCAGUUCCAACUGUGCCGAUGUCAGCGCCAACGCCAGCAGCCGCUGCUGCUGCUGCUGCAGCUGGUGGACCGCAGCCAAAACUGCAAUCAAACAUGUUCAAAAUCCAACGCAAUCGCACGUUGAAGAACUCGUAUGUGGACGUGUUCAAUCCAUCGGGUGCUCCGAUGACAGCAGCGCCGCAGACGGUGUUGGCGCCUUUGAUGGCCCCGGUUGCUGUGCCCCAAGGCGGUUUCUUUGUGCCCGGCGCUGUGCCCCAGCAGCCGCAAUAAAACGGAGGAGAGUAGCGAAUGUAGGUGACGAAAGAGCUGAUGAAAGGUGUAGGAAAAUUGCCCAAAAAACCAAACUAUAUACAUAUAUUUGCAGCGAUUCGGAGCAAUACGUAAAAAUAGCAAGCGCGCAACCAACACAAACAACAACAA